AUGAGGUUAUACUUGGCUGAUUCCAGCAUUAUCAAUCAUUUCGUCUGUUUCGUCUCACCAGGUCCCGGACGACCUGCCCACAAUGCCCAACCUUUGACCUGCUCAGGGGAUCCGAUAGACCCGAACGAGUUGGCGUUACGUGAAGCGCUUCGAGCUGAGAAGCGUCGACAAAAACUGGAGGAACGACAAUUUCGUCUUGAGUCGAAGCGUUGCCGACAACAACAGUCCUCUUCAUGUCAGCACAAUCGUUGCCCCUCUACUCAGCUGAGCCAACAUCAGCAUCAUCAUCAGCAAGAACAACAGCAAGAGCAGAAACAACAACAACAGCAACCACACCUGCUUGCUUUCCAGUACCACUCUCAACAGUAUCCUCCAUCUCACGCUUUAUCCGAAGGCCCGCCUCUUUCGUUCGAUGGUCAGGCCGAUCUUUUUUCACACUUUAGGGUACCGGCUCAUUUGGCAUACCAAGCCAAGCCAGCUCAUUGUCACACAACCCACCAAAUGCUCAGCCCACAGGCACGUCAACCCAUCACAGGCCAAAUAUUACCUCAACUCUCCAGCUCCUGUAGCCCACCGCCUAUCAGCGCUGGACUCCAUCGGUUCGGCAGCCAAGAAGGCGUCAAUAACCCUGGAAUCCCUUGCACCGGCUACUUGGACCCGUCUCAAAUGAUCGCCACUCCAGCAACCCCGGAUUCCGAGUUUGUCGACUUACACCCACAAGUAGGACAAUCACCUCUGCCCCCCCUAAUAUACACAAACGUAUAUAUACAUAUUUAUUUAUUUAUCCAAAAUGUGAGGAACAAGAUGGUAUGGUCGCAGUCUCCCUUUGAUAGCAAAUUACGUCCAACUAAGUCACCCUGA